AUGAAACCUUCUAGUCCGGACGUUAAUACUGCUCAUUCUAUUGACAACACUGGCCAUAAUAUGCUUCUUCCCCCUUGCGAUAUCGAUGAUUUUGAAGGUGAUUUUGUUUCGUGGCCAACUUUUAGGGACCUCUUUACCGCGAUUUAUAUUAAGAACUUACGCCUUAGUAAUAUUGAACGCUUGUGUCAUCUGCUAAAGAAGACCAAAUGCGAAGCGCGGGAAAUUGUUUCUAAAUGUCCUCAUACUAAUGAAGGAUUUGACAUAGCAUGGAAAAACUUGAGCGAUACAUACGAUAAUCCACGAUUAUUGGUCAACGACCAGCUCAAGAGGCUUUUCGGUCUUCCUUAUCUAGAUAAGGAAUCAAGCUCCGAGUUGAAAUUACUUCAACGGGGUAUAAAUGGGUGCCUUUCUGCUAUGUCAACGUAUGAUAUUCCUACCCAGAACUGGGAUCCGAUAUUAGUGUUCAUUUGCAUUCAGCGAUUGCCAUCUCUAACUGUUAAUUUGUGGGUACAGAGCAUAAAAAAUAAGUCGGCUAUGUCACUCUGGAAGGAGUUGGACAAAUUUCUUGCGGAAAGAGCCAUGACUUUAGAUUGCGUUCGUGACUUAAGGGGUCCAGAUAACUCAACUAGGCCUUCCGGGCAUAAAGUUAAGUCACAUCAUACGAAUGCCUCUUCAUCGACAAACGCUUUGGAAAAUAACUCCUCUGCUUCGAAUAGGUUUUGCCCAUUAUGUAAAAAACAAACUCAUAUGUUACGGUCUUGCCUCCGGUUUAAGCAAUUAUCUGUUUCUGAAAGAUUUGCGCUUGUUAAGAAGAACAAUUGCUGUAUCAAUUGUUUGUCUAAAGUACAUAUGAUGAGGAAUUGUGGUAGUCAACAUAAUUGUACCAUUUGCAAUAAACGCCAUCAUACCAUGUUACAUCGUGAAGAGCCAUCAACUGAACCUUCGGAAAUUAAUGCUGGUGCGAGCACUUCGGUUUCACGAACCAACAACUCCAUACCAGUGAAUUCUUCUCUGCCGAAUGGUUAUGAUAAUUCAAUUAAUUUUGGUCCGAGCACUUCGGUUUCACGAACCAGUAACUCCAUACCAGUGAAUUCUUCUCUACAGAGUGGUUCUAAUGCUAACAAUUCCGCGACAGGAAACAUUACUCACGGUAAUAAUUCUGCUACGCCUUUUAACAGGCAGGUAUUUCAUUCUGCUGAACAUAGAUCUGUCCUCCUAGGUACUGCUAUGGUGAAUCUUCUUCACAUGGGUAUCACGUACCCCGUUAGGGCACUUAUUGAUCCAGGUUCUGAAGCGACUUUUAUCUCAGAACGUUUACAAAACCGUUUGAAACUUCCUACGAAUUCUACGAAUGCUCGUAUUUCUGGAAUUAACCAGGCUGUUUCAGCUACUACGAGGAAGAUUUGCUCGAUUCAUAUUGGUUCUCCUCUUGAUUCUUCGCGAACAUUACAAACAAUGGCUCUUGUUAUUCGGGAUAUUUCGGGCAAUUUGCCGUCUUUUACGAUCCCAUCGUAUAUAAAGGAUUAUUUGCCUAACAUUCAGCUAGCUGACGUAAAUUUCUUUGACUGUCGUCCAGUAGAUAUUUUAAUUGGAGCGGAUCUUUAUCCUGACAUUCUUUUGGGGGAAAUUCGUAGGAAUAUUUUGGGUUCCCUGUUAGCUCAAAAUACCAUUUUUGGUUGGUUAAUAACCGGUCCAAUUGAACAGUCUUCAAUACAAGUUUAUUCCACUAAGGUCGAUUUUUCUGAGGAGGAUACCCUUAAUCAAAAUCUUCUUAAGUUUUGGGAACUUGAGGAGACUCCGAAAAGAAAAAUUCUAUCUCCCUUUGAUAAAUAUUGUGAGGAAAAUUAUAAGGCCACAACUUGUCGUGGUUCUGAUGGGAGAUACGUAGUCGCCCUUCCUUUUAAAUUAGAAUUUCCUGAGACAUUGUCUUUGGGAACGUCUAGGCCUAGCGUGAUAGGACAAUAUCUUAGGAAUGAAUCAUCUCUCGAACGUAAACCCGAAAUUAAGGAAACUUAUGACGACGUCGUAAGGGAAUAUUUAGAUUUAGACCACAUGAGACCUGUGUCCUCAACAACUUUACAUUCUUGUUAUUUGCCACAUCAUCCAGUAAUGAAGCCUGAUAGUAAGACAACAAAAUUGAGGGUAGUUUUCAAUGCCUCACAUAAAACAUCGAACGGAAUAAGUUUGAACGACUGUCUUUAUGUUGGACCUACUUUACAAGCGGACUUAGUACUACUAAUUCUUCGCUGGCGACUUUUUAGGUUCGUUUUUAACUGUGACAUUACGCAAAUGUAUCGACAAAUACGGGUGGAUCCCACACAUACUUCAUUCCAGCGUAUCUUAUUUAGGAACCAUCGGACGGAGGAAGUGAGGGAUUAUGAGCUGCAGACAGUAACAUUUGGCGUUAAUUGCGCACCGUACCUUGCAAUUCGGACACUUUUGCAACUGGUGGACGAUACGGAAAAGCAGUACCCUCUCGCUGCGCACAUUUUGCGUGAUUGUAUGUACGUCGACGACGUCUUAACUGGAACUCACGAUAUUUCGACUGCAGUGAUCGCUAGGGAUCAGCUGAUAGCAGCUUUAUCUUCUGCAAAGUUUGAAUUGCGGAAAUGGACCUCGAAAGAACAGACAAUUCUAGACAGCAUUCCUUUGGACCAUUUAGUAGACGCUAAAUUACUGGAAUUCGUUGAGUCUAGUGGCUCAAAGACUUUAGGUAUACAGUGGAACGCUCAACUGGACUCGUUUUAUUUUAGAGUGAAUACUAUUCCACAUAAAUCUGGGUAUACAAAAAGGGAAGUGUUGUCUACUAUUGCGAAAUUAUUUGACCCAGUGGGUUGGUUAAGCCCAGUCAUCAUAGUCGCGAAGAUUAUCAUGCAGAGGAUAUGGCUUGAUAAUAUUAACUGGGAUGAUAAACUUCCACUGGCAACGGAGAAUGAAUGGAAGAAAUUUGUAUCUACUUACCUUGAAGUAAAUAAAAUUAGAAUUCCUAGAUGGGUUCAUUAUACUCCCAAUUCGUUUGUCGAACUACACGUUUUUUCUGAUGCCUCGGAAAAGGCAUAUGCGGGGGUAAUUUACAUUCGUGUAAGAAAUUCUAGUGGGGAGAUUUACUCCAAUAUGCUUACUUCGAAGACUAAGGUAGCUCCCAUAAAAUCAAUUUCUUUGCCCCGCCUUGAACUGUGUGGUGCAGUACUUGCCUCCGAAUUAUUGAAAACUGUACUUCGCGAGAUUUAUAUUCAGAUAGAUCAUGUUUAUUGUUGGACAGACUCUACAAUAGUCCUGUCAUGGUUGAAAAAGACACCUAGUACUUGGACGACAUUUGUUGCAAAUAGAGUCUGUAGAAUUCAGGAGAAUGUAGGUAAUCACAAUUGGUACCAUGUUAGAUCUGAGGACAAUCCUGCGGAUUUAGGUAGUCGCGGAAUUUCUCCUAGCGAGCUUGCGACAAAUUCUCUUUGGUGGUAUGGUCCAGAAUGGCUUCGCCGUGAAAAGAAUGAAUGGAAAAUUUCCAAUCUUUCCUCACUUGACACGGAUAUUGAAUGUCGUGUUAAAACACAUGCGUCGUUUUUUAAAGACGUGACGGGAAACGAUAUUUAUGAGGAUAUUCUUGCGAAUUAUUCUCACUUGGAUAAGGCUCUUCGAAUAAUAUCCUAUAUAUUGAGAUUCUUUUAUAACAGCCAUCCCUCUCACAAAUCAGGUCGUAACUUGUACGAAAAUUUUAAUAUUGGUAGUUCUGAGAUAAGAAGAGCUAAAUUACAUUUGGCUAAAGUCGCUCAGAAGCGAUAUUUUUACGAUGAAUACCGGUGUCUUCUAAAGAGAGAACUUUUACCUUCGAAAAGUUUUAUUCUCACACUGAACCCUUUUUUGGAUGAAAAUGGGGUGAUGAGACUUAAUGGACGCUUGGAAAAGUCGCCGACUUUAACCUACUCCGAAAAGCACCCUAUUAUAUUACCGUAUUCAUGUAGAUUUACAUUACUUUUAAUAGAAUUUGUGCUGCGAAUACUUCGUAUGGAAUUUUGGGUCCCACGUUUGAAAUGUAAAAUUCGUGGAGUGAUAAGUCGUUGUAAAUGGUGUAUAAUUGACCGUAAACGAGCGUGCAGCCAGAUUAUGGCAGCUCUUCCACCUGAGAGGACAAUUAUUAAUAGACCUUUCACUAAUACUGGGAUUGACUUCGCUGGUCCCUUUGAGAUCAAAAGUUUUACUGGUAGAGCUUGCAAGAUCACUAAGGGCUACGUUUGCAUUUUUGUUUGCUUUUCAACUAAAGCAAUUCAUUUAGAGGCUACAUCAGAUUUGUCAACGCCAAACUUUAUGGCAGCUUUUCAGCGUUUUAUUUCCCGUCGAGGUUGUCCAAAUACGAUUUUUUCCGAUAAUGGCACUAAUUUUGUGGGUGCUUCGCGUCAAUUAAAAAAGGAUUUUAAAUCAUUUCUUAAGGAAAGUCAGUCUCUGAUAUGCUCUUCUUAUGGAGUUCAAGGCGUUUCAUGGCGUUUUAUCCCAGCCGGCGCUCCCCACAUGGGUGGUCUUUGGGAAGCUGGUGUGAAGAGUUUUAAACUUCACUUUAGAAAACAAGCUCAAGCCUUUAAAUAUACCUUUGAAGAGCUUUCCACUAUUCUGGCUAGAAUCGAGGCGUGUUUAAAUUCCCGUCCGCUAUGUCCCAUGACGGAUAAUCCUCAGGAGCCAGUUGCUCUGACCCCUUGA